AUGUCAGUGGUGGGACGGUUUUCACAAGGCCUCUUCAAUGGCGUCUUCCGCCGGAACUACGUCUUCCUGUCGACCGUUUUCGUAGGAGCAUUCGCCUUCGAGAUGGCAUUCGACACCGGCACAGACGCGAUAUGGAACAGAUUAAACAAAGGCAGGCAAUGGAGGGAUAUCAAGCAGCGGUACAUGACAUCGGAGGAGGAUGAGGAAUGA